CUAGACUGAUGGGAAACAAUACCAUAUUUACAUACUUCUACCUUUUAGCAUUUUCCAGGGAAGGAGAGAAGCAGCCAACACUUUUUAUAGCCUUUUUCUUUAUGUACAUGUUUGGGGUCCUGGGGAAUCUGAGUAUAAUCACAGUUACAUGCAGUGAUGCUCACUUACACACCCCUAUGUACUUUUUACUGGCCAACCUGUCCUUUAUAGACAUCUGUUACACUACAACAACCCUCCCCAAACUGCUGCACAUCCUACUCACCGGCAAUAAUAUCAUCUCCUUCCCAGAGUGCUUCACUCAGAUGUUCUUCUACUCAAUAUCAGCUCAAAGUGAAAUUAUUUUGCUGGCCUUCAUGGCCUAUGAUCGCUACGCUGCUAUCUGUGAUCCUCUGAAAUAUCACCUCAUAAUUAACAUUAGAAAAUGUGCCCAGGUUUUGGCAGCCAUCUGGACAUCUUCACUUCCAAAUGCUCUUUUGGGUUCUUCGAUUAUUUUAGAGUUACAUUUUUGUGGUUCCAACACAAUCGACCAGUUCUUCUGUGACGGCAAAUAUAUGACAAAAAUCUCCUGUGAGGCAGUUAGUAUCAACUAUUACCUGUUUUUUGGCACAAUGAUUUAUGGAGUCCUCCCAUUCCUGCUCUGUGUAGCUUCUUAUACCAAAAUAAUCCAAAGCAUUUUAUACAUUAAGUCGUCAUCUGGUAGGAAAAAAGCCUUCUCCACCUGUUCCUCCCAUCUCACUGCCCUCCUUCUGUUCUACGGAGCCGCAUCAUGGAUGUACAUGGCACCAGAAAACUCACAGCAACUAGACCGUAUCAUCACUGUGAUUUUUACAGCUAUGACUCCUAUGCUGAACCCCCUAAUUUACAGUCUCAGGAAUAAGGAGAUAAAAAGAGCAAUAAAAAACAUUUUUUCUUGAUAAUAUUUAGAAUAAUUACAAUUUCUAUCAAAGGUUCUGGUCUCUGGUCUGCCACUGUGUACUAUAUAUUCACCCUGCCUUUGUUUAUAUUUUUCUGUGUUGCUUUGCUGUAAACUGUUAGUUGACCACUAAUGAAGCUCCACCUGAAUGUGGCUUCUUCUAUGUGGGUGCUGUGUAUAGUAAAUCUGUCUAUGUGUGUAUUUAAUAGCACAGCAAGACCAAUAGAAAUGUGAUUUUGCCCACAGAUAUUAUUAUUCAGAGAAAAAUAUAUAAUUGCAUUGGUUUUAUCCCUACAGCAGGCAAUGAGGAUGCUUGAUUUUGUCAUAAAUUAAGAAAUAAACAUUUGCUGAGAAUGGCAUAUAAUAGUCAUUAUAUUUUAAAGAGCCAUCAAAAAUGUAUUGGCAAUGUCAGAAACUAAUUUUCAACAUAAAACAUUAUUAUGUUAGUACUAGUCAUUCCGUACCCUUACCUCAGGCUUUUAGAAGCCUCCAUUCCCAAAUGUUGGGGCGUUUACAAUUUUGAGAUAUUUCUAUAAAGCUCCUAUACCUUUCUAUAAAGCCAAAUAAAACCAUAUCUAAUUCUACAAACAGUAUUUAUGGUUCCCAGAUCUUAACAAAUGUAUCAUAGGUAUCAUUGUAACUAUUGAGUUUUUCCAUUCACAUUACACCCAUUUCUGUUAUCCAUUCUUAUAUAUGAGGAUUUAUCUUUGUUAUUCAAAAUUGUGGGAUAAUAUCCCUUCCCCCAACAUGAAACCCA